CCUUGAACCAUCGAUGUUGAGAGUGCUCUUUCUAGCAUGUUAUCUUGGCCAUGCCAUCAUCAUCAUCAUCAUCUGAGCUUCUACCACCCUUGGAAAUAAUAACACCUUAUAACAGAGGCCCAGCAAUUACACUCGUGGCUUUUAUCUUUUUCUUCGUGACUUUGAUUAUCGUCGCCAUCAAAUUUGGAACUGCCUUAUAUUCGAAGACUGUGCUCUUAAGCACAGAUGCACCUCUGUGGAUUGCCUUAAUUAUUGCCUUCAUUCAAACUCUACUUACUCAAUUUGCAGUUGACCAUGGGCUUGGGAAACAUGCAUCUUCUCUUUCCACUGCUGACUUCUCCAAGUACAACAAGCUCACCUAUGCCGCUCAAUUACUUCUUAUUCCUGUCCUUUCACUUUCAAAACUGUCCACCUGUCGAUUGAUUCACAGGCUCACACCAGGACAGCGCAUCAGACGAGCCAACAUGAUUACCAUCAUAGUUGUCGGCCUAUGGACUGUGUUUGCAGUUUUUGCCACGGCUCUUCAAUGCCGACCGCACUGGGAGUAUCUACCAAGCCAGUGUGCCGGGCAGGGCGCUAUUAACUAUCCAAUCAUUAUCAUCAACAUCCUCACAGACUUGGCAUUGGUGGUGAUUCCACUGAUUAUGAUUUGGAGCGUGCAAAUGACAUUGCAAAAGCGUCUUCAAAUUAUCGCUUCAUUUGCCACAAGACUUGUUGUGGUGGCGGUCAGUAUCACUGAACUCGUGUAUCUUCCGACAUAUCUACAUUCAUCUGAUCCAACAUGGACAAUUGUUAAUGUGGACAUUUGCAACGAACUUAUAAUGUACCUCAGCAUCAUAGCAGCCUGCAUGCCUUCGGUCUAUCGCAUCCUCAGCAAUCUCAAAACCGGGUUGAAUGGCGUCCAUAUGUCCGAGAUCGAACUCAGCACCACUCAAGGAGCCACAGGUUCCAGAAACAAAUCCGGGAAUCAAGGUGGCUACAGCUCUCGAGCGAGAAGACGUUCUGCUUUGUUUCCAGGCUUCCGAGCUACCGAGUUGUUCUCUACAUUUGAUACGACGCAAAACGGACUGUGUACCAUACAGGAUGAUACAUUUCGCAGAAACAGGGAUGAUGCGGAGAGCACAGAAAGCACUAGAGGGCUGACAGAGGAUCAGCCACCGGUUGAUGGGGUCAGAAAAACGGUGGACAUAUAUGUAGAAGUCAAUGAUAAUCAAUCAUGA